GGCAAGGGAGGUCACCUUGUUUACAUUCAGCACGUGUAUCUUCCUAAUUUCACAAAAUCACCUCUACGUAAUCUCAAUUAUAAGUGAAAUUAGUAAUCCCUUUUUUAAAAAAAUGGCUCAAGCAGAACUCAGUGAUGCGGCACUUAAGUUUGUAAAUGAAUUAGAAAUGGAAAUGAUGGUGGAUAUGUAUAACCGGUAAGUUUUCUAAGUCAGGAGCCAAGGUGAAUAUGCGGCAUGCGUCUCUGACUCUGGCUCUGUCCUUUUUUUCUAGACUCUAGUCCUAGUUGUACUCUCUCAUUCUUAUGAGUCGAUCAGAAUGAAAUGAAUACAAAUAAUGAAUUUAAUAAUGAAUAUUAAUAAAUAUUCAAUAUUUUAAAAAAUCUAAAAUCAAUCACAAUGGCUUGACAAAUGUACUAUUGGUAUCAAUCAACUCAAUUCAAUUUUGUUGAUAAACAUAAUGAAAUGGGCCUGAAUUGGAAAAUCACUGAUCAGUGCUAGAUAAGUCUGAUAAGAGUGAUAGUUCAAUUUUUUUAAAAUAAAUUAAUUGAAAAAAUUGGAGCAAAUACAAAAUAUAGUUAUAAUACUUAUAUACUUAUAUUUAUAAAUUGAUAUGCUGGUGACCUACCUAAUCUAGUAAAAAGUCCUGCCUAAGACUACUAAUACUAAGUCUAAGUAUUGGAGUUUAGGUCACAAUAGUCACAUUAUUGACAUUAUUAAUUUCAUAGUAGGAGUAGGAUGAAAAUGGAAAACAAACCUUCAUCAAUCAUGUAGCUUAGCAGUUAACCGUGUCCAGAUUCAGAUGUGGUGGUCUGCAAAUCAGCCCCAGUUCAUGAGCCUUACGGUGCCGUCCGCACAAUUUGAGACAAGAAACUAGAAAAUUUAUUAUUUAAAUUAAUGUUUUAUUUUUAAAUUUUAAUUGAGUCCAUUUAAAAAAAAAUAAAAGUCUAGUUUCAAAGCCCUUUUAAUUUUGAUAAUACAAGAUUUUUUUUCCUCUUAAAAUUAAAAUCAUUGACAUAAUUCCUUUCUAAUCAUUUUUUUAUUCACACAUUUAUUAAUGAUUUAUUUUAAAUUCCUAAAUAAGUGUUCAUAUAGCCCAGUGGUCAGGGGAUCUCGGCUCUUUAGCGACCUCAGUGAGGCUCCGCCAGUCAGCCACAAAUUGGUUUUGACUCUGAAAAACAUGGUUCUUGAAAAAGAAAUUCGGCCCUCAAAAUUUUUUUGAAAUCGUCUGCUGCUGACUUUUGGCUCCUUUGACUAAUGAGUUUGCAGACCGCUGCUAUAGCCUAUAUUUAAAGAAAAAUUAUAUUGAUUUUUUUUAAAAACAAUUUAAAACAGCAAUAAUAGAUUACGUAAGAAAAAAAGCUAACAUUGAACAGCUAGCAUUAUAAAUUAAAUGGCAAUACAGUAGACCCUAUAACAUUCGUUAUACCCCUUUCUAAGGUGUCGCGGCUGAUAUAAUUGGCAAAAUGGUCAUUAAAAAUGCGAAUUGAUUUAAUGUAUAUUUUUUUCAGGGGAAAUCUCUCUAUAUAAAUUAGUUUACUUCUUAUUUCUGUUACUAUAAGUGUGUUUACAUCACAUGCUUUCACCUGGGAUAAUUUUUGUUUUAUCGGGUGUGAGUGAAAUUUUCUCAAAUUUUUUCACCAUAAUGUCUGAUGCGGCAGAGGGCCCCCCUCUAGGUUUCAAAAUUAACUCAGAAUUUCUUUAUAGGAAUUAUUUAGAAUAUUUUAUAAUGAAAGCAAAGAUAUCAGAGAUAUUCCACACACUAGUAAUGACAGCAUUAGCUCAAGCGGUAUUGUCUAUAUAAAAGUCAGAUAUUGACAAUUUUAUCCCUAAGCUUAGUCAUAUUGUUACAGACACAUUCGUCUGGGAAAGGAUGGAAAUCGAGCAUAAAAAGUCACAGAUUUGAUCCCAAAUAUCUACCCCAUAGAUAUUUAUGUUUGUAUAUGUUCUGGAGUAUUAAUUAAUAAAAAAUUAUUUAAUAACUUCAAUUACAAAAGAAUUUUUGAACUAAUUUUGUGCCUUCCCCCUUGUAUUUUGUAUGACAGAAAUUUGAAGGUAGUGAAUGAAAAAUUUCUCAAAUAUCACAACUAUAACAUGUCAUUUUCUGAAAGAAUAUUGCUUCUAGUAUCUCAAAAACUUUAUUUUAUGAUGGUUUGAAUAAUUUAUGGAGUAUUUAGGAAGUUGAGUACGGUAUACUUGAGUUAAGUAUGAGUAUGCAUACUUUUGUUUUACUAUACAGUUUAGUGCAUUCAAAAAGAAAUUUGACGAAAAUUUUAACGUAAAAACUGGAAAAAAGAUUCAAUCAAAUUACUGUCGAUCAAUUUCUUUUGAUCAAAUUUCCGGUAACCAUACAAAAUAGCCAGUUGAAAAUUCCUCCUCUGCAAUCUAGUCGAUCUAUAGUUAAUCAGAAAUGCAUAAUCAAUUGGAUAACUAACACUGCUUCUCUUUACCUUGGUAACUAACCUCUGGCUCAUCUAAUGAGAAUGAAGAUCUUCAUCCAAUAUUCUAAUAUACUGUAGUCCUACCUUAAUUGUAAUUGUUUUGUUCUUGAUUUUUAUUUUAAGGAGCUCUACUCUUUUGUUUUCUGAAAAGCUCUACUCUUAUCUGAGCCAUUAUAAUAAUUAUAUGGCUUUCCAAGCAUGCCCUGAGUUACAGUGGAAUCCUAAACUGUUCCAGGAUGUUACCUAAUUUUCUCUGCUAGUUCCCUGGUUUAAUCUAAUAAUUUUUUUUUUUCAGAAUGACACAAGCAUGUCAGAAGAAAUGUAUACCAGCCAAAUACAAAGACCCAGAGUUGUCAAAAGGUGAAGCAGUUUGUAUCGACAGGUGUGUAGCAAAAUAUUUAGAAGUUCAUGACAGGAUAGGGAAAAAACUAACAGCACUGUCCCAGCAAGAUGAGGCAACAAUGAAAAAGAUGCAGCAAGUACAACCAGCUACAAAAUAAUUAUAAAUUGACAACUGCACUUGCAUACUCUCAACUGCCAAUUGGGUACAAAUAAAUCAAAGACUGUGAAGUGUUCUCAACAAAAUGAAAACUUGAGAAACUGAAACGUGGGGUUCUGCACAAGAAAGUUAUUAAUUAGUUAUUUUAUAAUAUGCUGUGAUUUGUGUGGUAAAUGGAAAGAUUUUUAGCAAGAACCUAUAUUUGGGACCUGAGUUAUUUGACCGCCAAAGUUAGAUUUCAUAGCUCACAAGUGGGUCACCAUGAUUUAACCACUUCAUUUGCCAGUAAAAGGCUUUAAUUUAAAUCUGAAUAAAAAAAUUUCAUUUCACGUUUCAUCAUUAUGGUUAUUAAAAUUAUUAAGGUGAAAUUUAUUUUAUAUGCAAAAAAUUCAUUGAUUAAAUUGUAUCUGGUAAUAAUUAUGUUCGCAGUUUAAAUGGAGAAACAUAUAAGUUAUUUGUUAUUUUAAAUAUUUGAACUUUUGUUGUUGACUGAGUUGUGAAAGUUGGGCACAAGGAAGAUGCUUACUUGCAAUUUCAACAAUAACUAAAGGUUAGUUUCCACACCAAGAGUUGAUCAAGUAUGUGCUAAAAUUAAAAUUGCCGACACCAUAACAUUUCUGAUGUUAAAAAGGAAGUUAGAGUUAUAGAAUUCAAUUCAGUUACAAAUUCAGUAUCUGCCCAACUGAAUAUUUAAAAGCACAACAUACUUAGUCUAUCAUUUAACCAAUGCUUGUGUAAAAUUGCACAUCAGUUGCCAAGAGGAAUCACAGUUACUGAUGUUUGUAUGUGAAACUAAAAUACUCUAAAGGCAUGAUGUUUGUACUUUGAAAAUAUAUAAUUUACUGUUCUAAAAUCAAAUAGAGUCAGUGCUGUGUGCUUAAAAAGAAGAUUUUUAAUUAUUAUAUGUAUAAGAUGUACACAUUACAUAGUUUUGUUGUUUCAUAAAAAAUAUGUCAUUUCUAAUAAUUUCUAUGGAUUUUUUGUUCAGUUAUUUUAAACUUCAUAAAAUAUUGUAAAUUAUUUUUUAAAGAAUGUGUUGAUCUUAUUUUGAAUUUGUAGUCCAUCCUCAUCUGUUGCCUACUAAAUUAUAUACUGAUACAUGUUAUCUCACGCCACAGCUUCUAUCUGACACUACAGGCCAUUGAUUCAAAAUAAAUAUCAUUACGAGUUUGAUUAUAAG